AUGCUUGCAAUUCUACUUCCUCUGAUAUUAAAAUUCGUCAUACCUGCACGAAAACAGCGGAAUGUCACUACGGUAACAUUAUCAACAUCAAUGUCAUCAUCGCCAGCAACAUCAUCGCCAACAACAUCAUCGCUUUCAUCAAUGGAAACAACACCAUCGUCAACGGCAGCGUCACCGUCAUCGAUAGAAACAAUACCAUCACCAACGGCAACAUCGUCAUUAUUGAUGGUAACAACACCAUCAACACCAGCUGCUAUCAAAACUGAACAAUCAGGUAAGCUGUACAUAAACACUUCUUAAUCUACUUAAAUAUUACUUUCAAGUCAGGUAUAUGUAGUUGCUAUGCAUCUAGAUAACGAGUAAACUAACACUACUUAAAUUCAGUAACAUAGCAAAAGUCAGACAAAUUUAUUUACAGUAAAAAACUUCGGCAAAAAUCACUUUAGAUUUUUCAUAGGCUUCAGAAAAUUCAGAUUGAUUUCAAAUGAUUUUGGAUGAUUAAUACAAUUUAGACUGAUUUAAGAGUAAUUUAAAUUAUCCAGCUUUUUUCUAGUAUUUGAGAAAAUACCAUCAUCUACAUUUACAUUCACACAACAUUUUGAAAGAUAGUAGAUAUUACGCAAUCUUUGCCGAAGUUAACAGUUGUAUCAACACUCAAUCGAUAAGCGGAGAAUAGCUUUUUAUUUUUUCAGGAUCUAUACAUACACAUUACUGGCGAAACUAUUUCAUGCGAGAUAGUCGUACAACAAUGUUGAAUUUCUUGAAGUAAAUAAGCUUGAAACAAGAUAAUAAUGAGAGCUUCUCAUCUAGUCACAGAGAAGUGUGCAACGAGUACUGAGUGUCUCCAGCUAUUUCAUGACAGCAAUGUGUUCUUCUAAAUUCAAGUUGCUCAUUUGUUGAGCGUUUUAGAGUUGAGCAUCAUUCUCAUUCAUUGUUAAAAAUGCAUUGACUACUUGCUCUACAUUGACCGCGAAGCUUUUGUAAGUUAUCGAUGACUUCAUUCCUUCCGAAUAUGACUAUUUACACGAGCACACUUCUAAGUAAUAUCCACGAUUCUAUUAAAGAUAUUCUUAUUUUCUCAAAAACUGGGAACAAUGUUGACGCAAUGACUGAUGAUAGUUUGUAAAGUUGUCGCGUGACUUCAGAAUGCGAUUUCGUACUGAUAAUUAUUUAGUUCUGAUAUAUGACGGAAAUACGCCUCGAAGAAAGCUCGCUCUUUUUUAUGCGUAAUCGUACAAAUAUAGAAAUGAAUUAAAUCAGAUGAAAAGAAACAAGAACCGCUUUAAAGUUACAGUCAAGAUUUGUUGGAUAAAACGAAAAAUGUAUGGAUUUCCGAUGCGAUUGUUGUAAUAAAAAGCGGAAGUCAAAAUUCCAUCGCACUAUUUAAUAACUGUUAUUGUCAAUGACCACAAGUUAAGUUUCGGAAGAACUGUGUUAACUUCACGCUUCAUUACCCUCGUUUUCCUAGUGGUCUUAAUCGAUAGAAAAUGAUUGGGUUACCAGUUUUCAUCAGCAUUCAUGCUGGAUCCUGCCUAUCACGUGCGUAUUAACGCUCGCUGUAUAUAAUUAAACAGCUUUCAUGGAAACAAGUUGCAUGCAACACAUAAAAAAAAGACGUGAAUUUUAUUCACUAAUGGGUAUAUCAAUGCAAUGGCACUACAAAGAAUAUGCGCUAAAAUCCUCACUGUGAGGGCGAUAACUAGGUUAAUAACCAGACUUGAUAUCGCAAAUCCAACAGGCCGUUUGUUCUAAUCUUUCUGUAACUACCAGUAUUCCCUACACCCUCGACAUCAAUUAUAUUAAAGUGAAUGUCGAAAACUUAUUCAUAUUCUUUACAUUACUGAUCACUAAUGCAUCUUCUUCAUUUUAGCAGUUAUUUCAGAUAACUACUAAUUGUCUUAACCCUUUGGCUGCCGACAUAGGAGAGAGAAAAGAGUACUUUAGAAAAUCAUUAUGGCUGCUUAUUUUUUAUUCAGUUUCAUAGAUUUGCACGAGAUAAUGUCAAAUCUUUUGUAAGGUAUGAAAAUCUUUGAAGCAGCCAAUAAGACACAGUCCAACAUCGCAUUCAGUACAUUGGUAGCACGUAUCCCUCCAUUGUUUUGCACGCCGUUCAGUAUUGCUAUAAACAUAGCAUCUUCUUUGAGGAGUCUGGUUAUUGUCAUUUGGAGGAGCUAGAGACGGAAAAUGUCUGGCUGUCAAUCGCAGUGGAUGAGCAUUCAAUGGCCUCCCAACAUGUGUUUUCUUUGCACCGCACCUUACAAUAAGUUCUCGAAUAAUUUCUAAUUUAAAUUUGGAAAGUUGAAGAUUUUGAUGUUUCAUAGUUUUGAAUAAUUAUAACUGUUGAUAACCGACAGAUCGAUUAUGUGGAAAAAAAGUUUCUUGUACCAUUUGAUGGUUUUUCAAAGAGAUUCUGAAAAUGUUAUCUGCAUACUAGAUUUGUCUACGAUACCCCUGUUUUCAUUGUAUUCUUUUAUGGAUAAUGGUUUGAGAAUUUCUUUACUGAUGCUCGAGCUUCUUUUUUCUAUUGGUACCGUUGAGGGAUUAUGUACAGUUGAUAGCAUAUAUACGUAUUUUUUAUCAUGCCACUUUAUAGCUACCAUAUUUGUAGUAUGUUGUACAGACUGCUCUCCUCGCUGCAAUGUUUCUUGAAAUUUUGGAAAACCGGAACGAUUCUGCUUUACAGUGCCACAAGCGCCCGUUGAACGUUUAUACA